AUGAGUCCCUCCCUGCGCGAACUCUUCGCGACGGGCGAAGAGGUAUUGGACGCCGAAGAAGAGGCGUUUCUACUAUUCAGUCAGGACAUUCCCACGGCCAAUUUGGGCUUUGUGGAUUCUCGCGCAACGGAGGUCGAGGUCGCGAUCCGGGACGUUGAAUACACGAUCCAUCAAUCACCGACGCUUCUCGCUUCGUCUCGAGCUGGCGGGACCACAGGGGCUGUUGUGGCAAGCCCCGGCGCACUACGGCCCAUUCGAUCGAGACCAAACAUGAUACAAUCCUGUGGAAAAUCACCCCCCCUCUUCGCACAAUGGAUCUCCUCCCCUUCUAAUCCGCUCUGGAAACAUUCCCUGCUGUCUUCUGAUUCCACCGUGGCCGAACUCGGCUGCGGUAUCUCCGCCCUCGUCGCUCUGACCCUGGCCCCCUCUGUCCAGCACUAUAUCGCCACGGACCAGGAAUACGUCCGCCGCUUAUUCCGCACUAACCUGGAGGCUAACACCUCUGCCCCCGCCUCUGCCUCUAAACCGAAGUCGAAAUCCAAGUCCAAGGUGAAGGCCUCUGCCCCGUCUGCCCUGAAUAUUACUUUCACGACUCUGGACUGGGAACUGGAUCAGCCCGGCCUGCUGAAGAGCUGUAUUGAGGGCUCCCAGUCGACCUCCGAGGACCUCGGCUUUGAUCUUCUAAUUUCUUGUGAUUGUAUCUAUAAUGAAGCCCUUGUGCCACCCUUUGUGCGCACUUGUGCCGAGCUGUGUCGGCUGAGACCUGUGUAUCAUGAUACGCAAGCGGAUGGGGCUGGGGCACAGCCGACGAUCUGUGUAGUCGCGCAGCAGCAGCGGUCGCCAGAAGUUUUUGAGACGUGGUUGCGGGAGACCUUGAGGUAUUUUAGGGUUUGGCGAUUGAAUGAUGAGGUGCUGGGGGAUGAACUGAAGGGAGGGACGGGAUAUUUGGUACAUUUGCUUCUGGUCAAAUAG